AUGGCCCGAACUUGGUCAUCGGCCAAGCAACAGCCGAAGCAAGUACGAUGCCUACAGAAGGCCACACGAUGGCACCCGAACCACCCACGAAGGCGACACGUGACCCCCCGAUGCACUGAGUCUGCAACCAGAGAGAGAAAGGGGAGGAAAUGCAAGAAAGUCGGGCCAAGUAAAACUCCAGAGCGGCCCCCAGAGGGUUCCAGGUCUCCUCAGCAGUCCGAAGAGUCUCGGCAGCAUUCACCUUCUCCUCGUCGUAACAGACAUCCCGAAUCCUCGGAGGAUGAAGAUGAGUCAGCCUCCCCCGCCCUCCCUGCAGGCAAGUCCAAGCCUGAAGUGGGCAAGGGCGACAAAGGGAAAGGCAAGGCCCAGAAGGAGAACCCACCCCCUGGUGUAUCAUACAGCUUCACAGAGGCGCAGGAGGAGGCAAUCGCUUGCUGGGUGAAGAGUAAGAAGCUACUGUAUGACAUGAAGGACAAACAGUACAAAGAGAAGGCAUUAAAGAGGCACCUAUGGGAGGGAAAGGCUGCGGAGUACAGGUUGGAUUAUCAUUCAAUUCUGAAAUGGUAUCAAACACAGAGGACUCGAUUCUCAAAGCUGCCAACCCAAGAAGAAAUCCCAGAAGAGGUCUGGUGAUGGUCUGUCGAGCAGUGACGAGGAAGACCCCAUCCUUGCUGAGGAGGCCAGUGAGAAUGACAGUGACCGUGACAAGUUCAUCCGCCAGGUCUUUGGGUUUCUGAAGCCACACAUCAGACGUCACAACAAGGAAAUACCAGCUAGUUUUAAGGACAAGUUGGCCCUGGCUGAGACGGGUGAGCUGGCUGGGAGUGACGACAGUUUUGCAGACAAAUCCAGGGAGCCCAACAAGAAGUACACUGGCUACCCUACACCGAGACCUCCUUCCAGGACAGGAACAGCUGCUGAGGACCAACCCGAGUCUCCGGAGAUGAGAGUUACCGGAGCAUCAUCCCGUGAUCUCCAAGAUAGGUUGGUUCAGUUCAUCACUAGAGAGCAGCCAGUCAACAGGGCCACUCCUUUCUGCAAGUACCUGGAAACUGAACUGGAUCGUCUGCAUGAUGCCUGCC